UUGGACUAGCAGUACAGGACAAACACACAGAGACCUGCAGGAGUCCACAGGUAUGAACAACCUCAGCACAGAACAUCAGUGACACACAGGACACUGUUACUGCUUUAGACGAGCCGUUCUGAAGAGACAAGAGCAGGAUCAUCGGACGGAUUACUUGUAAAUACACAUGGUCUGUGAACAGCUGAUGACCUUGGAGAGGAGGAGGCUGAGAAAGACACAGUAAGCAGCAAGAGACAGUUUUACAGGAUUUAGAAGAGGACAGAUACGAGUGCAAUCCUGCAGACGGACUAAAGAAGCAGGCCUGCGCUUGCUCUGCUGAAGAUACAAGCUUUGAACAUCAAAUAACUGACAGAUAAAUCUGAAGGACAAACUAUUUGAUCAGUUCGACUGUACUCAUCCAACGAAAAUGCAUCUAGGAAGCUCAAGAAAGAGCAAACAGCUUUUCUCCUUCUUCUUCUAUGUCAUCUGUCUUUCCGUAUGUGCUGGGACAGGAAUGCCGGGGUCAGACUACAACCCUCAUCCUCGUUUUAUCUGCACCCCCAUUCCUGCUGAUGCCGAUCCCGCGUGUUUCCCUUCAGCGGGUGGCCCGGCCGGCCCCAGUCCCGGACACCACGGCGGGCCGAGCGGAAACAGCAAUGGCUGGUGGGGAAUGUCCGAGGAGGCCAAAGCAACAAUCCUGCACCUACGGGAGAGUUUGGUGCAGCAGAAGGAAACUAUCCUGGACCAGAGGGAGACCAUCCGAGAGCUCACCGCCAAACUGAACCUCUGCGAGGGCUUCAGCCGCGGCACCGGCAGCCACGAAGAGCACCCGCACCGCACGCCCGCGCAGCUGGCCCAUCACGCCCACCACGCCUACCCCACAGCACCUGACACAGGUCACUUCGGGUGGGCUCCACCCGACAGUCAUCAUGGGCUGGAGCUGAGUCACUAUGGUGACGGGGUCGGAGGGCAUCACGCUGGGAAAGCAGCACUGAGUGAGAAGCACGUGACGGGGGAGAUUCCUUCACCCUCGUCCACACCGGAGCAGAUGAGCAGGAUGCUGCAGAGCCUCAAGGAACGGCUGGACAACCUGCAGACGAGAAACACCUCCACCAGCUACUCCAGCUCACUGAAGGAUCUCCUGCAGAGGAAGAUCAGCGCUCUGGAACAACAGAUGCAGCACCACUCUGCAUCAAUAACCAGCGCCGCUCACACUGACCAUGAGGAUGAGGAUGAGGAUGAGGACGGGCACCAUGACGAUGAUCACGACGACCACGGCCAUCAUGAUGUCACAGACCACGACGGCCAUGAGGACCACGGUGAUCCUCACGACGAGAGCCACCACAGCGAUCACCAUGAUGACGAUCACCACAGCGGCGGUCACCAUGACGACAGCCACCAUGACGACGACAGCCACGACGACGGACACCAAGACAACGGUCACCAUGACAACGAAGUUUCCGAACAUGGCUUUGAGGGGUUGACGUAUAACCUGCAAGGGCACAGAGAAGCACAGAGUGGAGUUCACAGCAAACUGGACUCGGUUCUCAGUCAGCUGCAGCACAGGCUCACUGACACGGGUUCUAGAAAGAAGAGCAAACCCAGUGAAGCUUUUCAGAUCGGCUUCCCAAUGAGAACCAACUACAUGUACGGUCGGGUGAAGCGCACGCUGCUGCACGAGAUCUUCUCCUUCACGCUGUGUCUGUGGAUGAAGGCUGGCAUCGGGCCUGGACUCGGGACGCCCUUCUCUUACUCCGUGCCUGGACAGGCCAACGAGCUGGUGCUCAUUGAGUGGGGAAACAAUCCGAUGGAGCUGCUGGUCGAUGACAGAGCUGUCACUUUACCGCUCUCGGUGAGUGAUGGUAAAUGGCACCAUGUGUGUGUGACGUGGUCGACGCGGGACGGCCUGUGGGAGGCCUAUCAGGACGGAGUGAAGAGAGGCUCAGGAGAAAACCUCUCGCCCUGGCAUCCCAUCAAACCUGGAGGAGUCUUCAUACUGGGACAAGAACAGGACACACUGGGUGGUCGUUUUGACGCAACGCAGGCGUUUGUUGGUGAAAUCUCGGAUGUCCAGAUGUGGUCUCAUGUUCUCACACCUCACGACGUCUAUAGCCUGGCGUCAUGUGGUGGUCACAUGACCGGUGACAUCAUCGCCUGGACGGAGUCCGUGGUGGAGCUGCACGGCGGGGUCACCAAAUACCCCUUUGACCCCUGCCAUUAAAGAGGAGGAGGACAGUCCGUUUACAAGCAUCAGAGUGAGGAGUGAUUUCAAAUCAGCUAGUUUUGAAGCAUUCUGAUGACGCGUAAACUGAUCUUAAUGCAAAAUUCAUUAUCACUUCAAAAAUAAUGCCUUCCGUUUACAUGAGAAACUUGAACGACCCCAUGACCUCCAGGAUUUCAACAGGGACCCGUUUUGUAUUGUUUCAGUGUUUUAUGUAGCAAAUGUUUUCUUAAUGAACUUUAUUUUUGUUCUAUAAAUGGCUCUUCAGUGCCAUUCGAUGUUUGACGCAAGUAUAUGACAUAUUGUCAUAACUUGGAUAGAAACCAUAGAUCAUAAAUAGGAUGUGAAGACAGAAGUGCUAAAAUGUAGAUGUUAAAAAUAGAAAACUGAAAAACUCGAGGCUGAGUUAAAGUUAAAAGAUUCAUUUUCUUGUACUGUAAGAGGAAUCUAAAGAUACAGCGAAACCAAAGAGAAGAGUGACACACCGCUGAUCAGGCCAUGUGCUGCUGUUGUGUUUGUACAUUGUUUUUGUUUUUUCAAAUAAACUUUCUAACUGAAAUGAGUAUAUCUUAGAUUUGACUAGAUCAGCAGCUAUUCUGUGAUACUUUUGAUACAUGUUGAGUUUCAGAUUGUUGUAAUUCGAUUUAGUUUAAUCUAUUGUGUUUAAUUUACUGUAAAUGUGUUUCAAAAGAAUAUUUUUCAUUGUCAUGUUUGUGCAUCUGAAUUGUGCAUUUACUGUUUUUAUUAACUUGUCUUCAUUUGUUUACAGUUUUGAAAGCAGAAAUGCAAUAAAGGGACUGAAUUUUGAACUAGGCCUUCAUAGCAAUUUCAUGGACUUUUUGCAUAAUAAUGUGAAUGUUUUUCAUUGCAUUUCCAUUGUGAAUUCGUCAGGCUCAUCUGCAGUCCUGCAGUAUUGAUUAGCACAAGCCUCUCAGUGAAAGGGCAGGCUGGUCUUACGCUGGUCUUCACUGCUAUUAUUAGAAACUAAGCUAAUUAAGCACGUGAAGCAUUUGAUAGGGACCUGCACAAAAUACAUAUAUGGGGAUACAUACAUGCAUAUAUAUAUAUAUACAUUAGGCACCAUUUUCUGUAAAGCUGCUUAAAAGCGCUAUACAAAUAUGACAAUAGGUUUUCAGGCAUG